AUGUCUGUUUCUGUACAAGAGCUGGACAACACGGUCCGCGCCUUUUUUGAAGGCAAGGGCGACGUGGUACGUAUCCUCUCUCCUCGCUGUCGAUUCGCUUCUCGCGAUGGACGCCUUGUGGCACACCCGAAGCUCACAAACAACACGCAGCAAAAACAAGCCCAGCAGACCUUGACCGAAUUCAAGCAAAACCCCGAUGCCUGGGUGACCGUGGGCAAUAUCCUCCAGGAGGCAACAUACCCCCAGACCAAAUGUAUUCGAAACUUCAUCGUCAACUUCAUUAUCGAGAACUCCGGAUCCGAAGAGAAGCUCCGUACUGAGCGCGCCUUCUUGAACAAACUGAAUCUGGUCCUGGUGUCGAUUCUCAAGCAGGAGUGGCCGCAUAACUGGCCCACCUUCAUCAAUGAGAUCGUCUCCUCUUGCCAUGCCAGUCUUUCCAUCUGUGAAAACAACAUGGCCAUCCUUCGCCUAUUGUCGGAGGAGGUCUUUGACUUUUCCCAGGACCAAAUGACCUCCGUCAAGGCCCGCAAUCUGAAGACCUCCAUGACCCAGGAAUUUGCCUCCAUCUUCCAACUGUGCUCCGAAGUCCUCAACACCGCCAACCAGCCCAGUCUUGUCAAGGCGACCCUCGAGACUCUGCUUCGCUUCUUGAAUUGGAUUCCUCUGGGGUAUAUCUUUGAAACGCCCAUCAUUAAUACCCUCCUGACGCGAUUCCUGGAUGUGCCCGACUUCCGGAAUGUCACCCUCAAGUGUCUCACGGAGAUCGGUGGAUUGCAGAUCGGCACUCCGUACAACUAUGACGAGAGACUGGUGCACAUGUUCACGGAGACACUCACAACGGUCUCGAAUGUUAUUCCCUUGUCUCUGGACUUGAAGGAAACCUACGCCCGAAGCAAUGGACGAGACCAGGAAUUCGUUGCCAAUUUGGCUCUUUUCCUCUCCAGCUUCUUUAGCGCCCACUUGGAUCUUAUUGAAAAGUUGCCCAACCAAGACUUCCUCACGCAUGCCCAUUUCUACCUGAUUCGGAUCAGCCAAAUCGAAGACCGUGAGGUGUUCAAGAUCUGCUUGGACUACUGGACUCGCCUGGUUCAGGAGCUUUACGAAGAAAUGCAACAGCUACCCAUCACCGACAUCAACCCUCUUGUGACCAUGGGGGUCAGUGGGUUGGCCAACGGUGGUGCACCACAUCCGAGCACCUUGGCGAACUAUCCUCUUCGCAAGCACAAGUAUGAAACCGUGCUGUCGAAUCUGCGCACUGUCAUGAUUGAGAAGAUGGUCCGCCCCGAGGAGGUCUUGAUUGUCGAAAACGAUGAGGGCGAGAUUGUGCGUGAAUUCGUCAAGGAGAGCGAUACCAUCCAGCUUUACAAGACGAUUCGGGAGUGUCUGGUUUACCUCACUCACUUGGACGUGGUCGACACCGAGACGAUUAUGAUUGACAAGCUCGCCAAGCAAGUGGAUGGAUCUGAGUGGUCCUGGGCCAAUUGCAACACCCUGUGCUGGGCCAUCGGCUCCAUUUCCGGUGCCAUGAAUGAGGAAACCGAAAAGCGGUUCUUGGUCACCGUCAUCAAGGAUCUUCUCGGCCUGACAGAGCAGAAGCGUGGUAAAGACAACAAGGCCGUGGUCGCCAGUAAUAUCAUGUACAUUGUGGGCCAAUAUCCUCGAUUCUUGAAGGCACACUGGAAAUUCCUGAAGACAGUGGUCAACAAGCUUUUCGAAUUCAUGCACGAGACGCACGAAGGUGUCCAGGAUAUGGCCUGCGAUACAUUCAUCAAGAUCGCCAACAAGUGCCGACGGCACUUUGUGGCACUCCAACCGGGUGAGAAUGAGCCUUUCAUUGAGGAGAUCGUUCGGAACAUGCGAAAGAUCACCAUGGACCUUUCCCCCAGCAAAUUCAUACCUUCUAUGAAGCAUGGGCAAAAGACACUCCAAGAUCGGUUGAUCGAGAACCUGAUGCAACUGCCCAAUUCCGCUUGGGAUCAAAUCAUUGCGGAAGCCAACCAGAACGCUGCCAUUCUCCAGGAUGGCAACACUAUCAAAAUCAUUGGUAACAUUAUGAAGACGAAUGUUGCAGCAUGCUCAUCUAUUGGAACCUACUUCUAUUCUCAGAUUGGCCGGAUCUACCACGACAUGCUGAACAUGUAUCGUGCCUCCAGUCAGCUCAUCAACGAUGCGGUAGCCAACGACGGGACAAUCGCUCCCAAGACUCCUAAAGUCCGUGGGCUUCGCACCAUCAAGAAGGAGAUCCUGAAGUUGAUCGACACCUACGUGGAGAAGUCGGACGAUGUGGACAUGGUGAACGCUAACAUGGUUCCGCCACUCCUUGAGGCUGUUUUGGUUGACUACCACCGGAACGUGCCCGAUGCACGAGAAGCCGAGGUUCUGAACGUCAUGACUACCAUCAUCCACAAGCUUCAUACAAUGAUGGAGGACAAGAUCCCUGCCAUUAUGGACAGCGUCUUCAGCUGUACUUUGGAGAUGAUUAACAAGGAUUUCCAUGAAUACCCCGAGCACCGAGUCCAGUUCUUCAAGCUCCUGCAGGCCAUCAAUCUGUAUUGUUUCCAGGCUCUCCUCAAGCUGGAUGGCACGCAAUUCAAGUUUGUCAUCGAUUCCUGCAUGUGGGCCUCCAAGCACGACAACCGUGAGGUGGAGAACACGGGUCUUACCAUGUGCUUCGAACUGAUGAACAAUAUGGCCGAGGCGGAUGUGCAAACUUCGAGCAUCUUCUUCCGCCAAUUCUACAUCCCGAUUCUCCAGGAUGUCUUCUUUGUCCUCACGGACAGUGACCACAAGGCUGGCUUCAAGUCCCAAGCCAUGCUCUUGUCUCGCAUGUUUGAAUUCGUCGAAACCGGCAAGAUUCAGGAACCCAUCUAUACUGCUGAUCAAGCGCCGGCGGGCACUUCCAACAAGCAGUUCUUGCAGGAAUACGUCGCCAACUUGCUGCAGAAUGCGUUCAAGAACCUGCAAGAGGCGCAAAUCAAGCAGUUCGUCCUUGGCUUGUUCGCAUACACUAAUGACCUGAACAAGUUCAAGACCCAUCUGCGUGACUUCUUGAUCUCCCUCAAGGAGUUCUCUGACGACAACGCCGAUCUCUACGCAGAGGAACGAGAGCAGGCCGUUCGCGAUGCGCAAGCCGCCGAGCGCACCCGGGCUAUGAAGGUAGGAGGCUUGUUGAAGCCAUCGGAGAUGGAUCAGGAAGACGAGCUAUGA